AAAUCUUUUACAGGAAAAUCGUGCAGAUGUUGAUGCAAGAUCUGGAACAUUCCAAGCAUUUGAAAUGUUCGGACAGCAUUUAUUACAGAGUGGUCAUUAUGCAAGUAUAGAAGUACAGGAAAAGCUUGAAAAAAUGAAUGAGAGUAGACAAGAAUUAGAGAAGGCUUGGAUUGCUCGUAGAGUCAAACUCGAUCAGUGUUUAGAAUUGCAGUUUUUCUACCGCGAUUGCGAACAAGCCGAAAACUGGAUGGGUAAUAGGGAAGCAUUUUUGAGUUCGGAUGAAACGGAUGUUGAAACACUAAUUAAAAAACAUGAAGAUUUUGACAAAGCUAUUAAUGCGCAAGAGGAAAAGAUUGCUACAUUAGUAUCAAUGGCUGAUCAAUUAAUAUGCUCUGAUCACUAUUCCACAGAUGAUAUCAAUGAUAAAAAACAACAAGUUUUAGACAGAUGGAAACAUUUAAAGCAAGGUUUAAUUGAGAAACGUUCAAAACUCGGAGAAUCUCAAACUCUGCAGCAUUUCAGCAGAGAUGCCGAUGAAAUUGAAAACUGGAUUGCAGAUAAAUUACAAAUGGCAAUUGAUGAAUCUUAUAAAGAUCCAGCAAAUAUUCAGAGUAAACAUCAGAAACAACAAGCUUUCGAAGCUGAAUUAGCUGCCAAUGCCGAAAGAAUACAAUCCGUAUUAGCAGCGGGACAAAAUCUAAUUGAUAAAAAGCAAUGUGCCGAUUCUGAAGAUGCCGUACAAGCAAGAUUAAAAAGUAUAACGGAACAAUGGGUGUAUCUUACCACAAAAACAACCGAGAAGAGUAUAAAAUUAAAAGAAGCAAACAAACAAAGAUCUUUUAAUGCUGCUGUAAAAGAUAUUGACUUUUGGCUGGGAGAGGUUGAAUCUCUAUUGAAAUCUGAAGAAGCCGGAAAGGAUUUGACUUCAGUUCAGAAUUUAAUUAAAAAACAUCAGAUGGUCGAAGCCGACAUAACUACUCAUGAGGAUCACAUUCGCGAUAUGAAUAAUUUAGCACAAAGUUUGGUCGAUUCUGGUCAGUUUGAUGCUCCGUCCAUUCAAGAAAAAUGCAAUAAUAUAAACGAACGCUUUGAAAGAAUUAAAACUCUAGCUGCCUACAGAAGAGCGCAUUUGAAUGAUGCAAAUACUCUACAUCAAUUUUUCCGUGAUAUCGCGGACGAAGAAACCUGGAUUAAAGAGAAGAAAUUAUUAGUGAGUUCUGAUGAUUACGGUCGAGAAUUGAUGGGAGUACAAAAUUUACUCAAGAAACAUUUACGUAUUGAAACAGAAUUGGGAUCCCACGAACCAAUUAUUCAGGCCGUUCAAGAAACAGGACAACAACUGAUGGCCGAAUCAAAAUUGGGAAUACCUGAAAUAGAACAAAGAUUAGAAGCUCUCAUGAAUUCUUGGAGAGAAUUGAAAAAGAUUGCAUCCGAUCGUGGAAAUAAAUUAGAGGAAUCUUUACUCUACCAUCAAUUUUUGGCUAAGGUAGAGGAAGAAGAUGCCUGGAUUUCAGAAAAACAACAUUUAUUAUCUAUAGAAGAUUAUGGAAGUACUAUGGCAGCAGUACAGGGUUUGUUAAAGAAGCAUAUAGCAUUUGAAAGCGAUUUUGCCGUUCAUAAAGAAAGGUGUGCAGGUAUCACUUCUGCUGGGGAACAACUAAUUGCUGCAGGAAAUCAUCAUUCAAAAGUAAUUUCUCAAAGGUUGCAACAACUUCAAGACAGAAUGAAUAAUAUUGAAGAAAGCGCCAUUAUCCGUAAAGGGAAACUGUUGGAUAAUUCCGCUUAUUUACAGUUUAUGUGGAAAGCAGAUGUUGUUGAAAGUUGGAUAGUUAUUUUGAUGGUGGCUGCAUCCAGACUGCUCUAUCACCGUUAUGUCAAAGAUAUAUAUUUUUUUAUAUUAUUAUUUACAGAAAUUUCACCUUUCUUUAAUCAUUUCAGUAAUCAAAGUGGUGUUUCUGAAGAUGCACUGAGGGAAUUCAGUAUGAUGUUCAAACAUUUCGAUAGGAACAGAACCGGCCGACUCAACCAUUUCGAAUUUAAGAGCUGCCUUCGAGCUCUGGGAUACGAUUUACCAAUGGUAGAGGAAGGGCAAUACGAACCCGAAUUCGAAUCGAUUCUAAACGUAGUCGACCCACAUAGAGAUGGGUACGUCUCUCUACAAGAAUACAUGGCAUUUAUGAUAUCGAGAGAAACAGAAAACGUACGUUCCAGCGAAGACGUGCAACAAGCUUUUAAAUCCAUAACUACGGAUCGCCCAUAUAUCACUGCCGAAGAAUUAUAUGCCAAUCUCAGGAAGGAAGCUGCAGAUUAUUGUUUGGCACACAUGAAAGCUUACAUAGAUCCCAAGACGGGUUAUCCAAUUUCUGGUGCUUACGAUUAUACAGAAUUUAUACAAUUAUUAUUUCAAAAUUGUACAGUGAUUUUAAUACAAUCGAGAAGAUUUCUUCUGCCGAACUUCAGCUUCAGUUCAAGCUAAAAAUAUUGGAUUUUAUGAAACGCUUUGGAAAAAUGCCACUCGGAAUUUCUAUCGGCGGAUACUUUUUCGUAAAGAAGACAUU